UAGCGGUCCCCGCGGCAGGGCACGCUGGCUGCAAGAUGUCUGUGAGCGGCGGCCAGCGGCUGGCGCGGGCCGGGCCCGGACUCUCCUGGCUACUGUGCUGCAGCGCCCUGCUAUCCUCGGCUGCGGGGUACGUGAUCGUGAGUUCAGUGUCCUGGGCCGUCACUAACGAGGUAGACGAGGAGCUGGACAGCGCCUCCACCGAGGAGGCGCUGCCCGCGUUGCUGGAAGACUCUAGCAGCAUCUGGCAGCAGAGCUUCCCGGCCUCGGCGCACAAGGAGGACGCGCACCUGCGGCCCCGGGCCACCGCCAGCCGCCCCCGGCCGCCCCCCGCCCCGCCCGGCAUGUUCUCCUACCGGCGCGAGGGCGUUAAGGCAGCUGGCGCCCCGCCCGCCCAGAGCCUGCGCCCGGGGACGGCCCGCUUUCUGGCCCACUCCAACGGCUGGGGCUGUCUGGCCACAGUGUCCGCCCAGGAGAAGAUCCGGGGACUACCUUUUGGGAACUGCCUUCCCAUCAGCGAUGGCCCCAUCAACAACAGCACUGGGAUUCCUUUCUUCUACUUGACACCCAAGGACCCCGCUGUGGCUGAUCUGGUGAAGAACCCCAUGGCCUCCCUGACACUACUGGAAUCGGAGGGAGAGUUCUGCAGAAAAAACAUCGUUGACCCAGAAGAUCCCAGGUGUGCCCGGUUAACGCUCACUGGCCAGAUGAUUGCAGUGUCUCCAGAAGAAGUAGAAUUUGCCAAGCAAGCUAUGUUUUCAAGGCACCCAGUUAUGAGGAAGUGGCCUCGUCAAUAUGAAUGGUUCUUUAUGAAGAUGAAGAUAGAACAUAUCUGGCUUCAGAAAUGGUACGGAGGAGUAUCUGAGAUUUCAAGGGAAGAAUAUUUCAAAGCAGUGCCAAGAAAGGCCUGA